GACUUUUGUCUGCAGCUGGAAUGGUUUAUUUUAAUUUGUAAGAAUAGCACACUUUAUUUUAUUCUUUGUGGGAUUUCCAAUUGACACAACAUGGAUCAAAACAACAGCAUACCCCCUUUCCAGGGGCUGGCAUCACCACAGGGUUCUCUAACACCGGCGAUUAACAUUUUCAGUCCGAUGCCUUAUGGAACUGGUCUGACCCCCCAGCCUGUGCAAACAAUUAACAGUUUAUCAGUAUUGGAAGAACAGCAAAGACAACAGCAGCAGACACAGCAGUCAACAUCACAACAAGUGAAUCUGGGGUCAGGCCAAACCCCUCAACUGUUUCACCCACAAACUCUUACUACAGCACCUCUUCCAGGAAAUACACCAUUAUACCCCUCCCCAAUGACUCCAAUGACACCCAUUACUCCUGCCACCCCUGCAUCAGAAAGCUCGGGAAUUGUUCCUCAGCUACAGAACAUAGUGUCCACUGUAAAUCUUGGCUGCAAACUGGACCUAAAAACAAUUGCACUUAGAGCGCGAAAUGCAGAGUAUAACCCAAAGCGUUUUGCUGCUGUUAUAAUGAGGAUACGAGAGCCACGUACAACAGCACUUAUAUUUAGUUCGGGAAAAAUGGUAUGCACUGGAGCUAAAAGUGAAGAACAAUCACGUUUAGCAGCAAGAAAAUAUGCCAGAGUUGUACAGAAACUCGGAUUUCCAGCCAAGUUUUUAGAUUUUAAAAUACAAAAUAUGGUGGGAAGCUGCGAUGUGAAAUUCCCUAUCAGAUUAGAGGGACUGGUCCUUACACAUCAGCAGUUUAGCAGUUAUGAGCCUGAACUGUUUCCAGGUCUUAUCUACAGAAUGAUCAAACCAAGAAUUGUCCUGCUUAUUUUUGUUUCUGGAAAGGUUGUACUGACAGGUGCUAAAGUUCGAGCAGAGAUCUAUGAAGCUUUUGAAAACAUCUAUCCUAUCCUAAAAGGCUUUAGAAAAACAACGUAACUGCUGGAUUUUUUUUAAGGGUUUUUAUGUAAUAUAGAAAAUUUUUGUACAGGAUAUGAUGCAACAGUGGCAGAAGACCCCUACAUUUAUCUAUGGUGUUUCAUUGAAAUCAGUAUAUUUGUGGGGCUUUGUUUCAUGGAGGACAAUGGUUUUACAUGGACUUUUAAGUGUUUUUUUUGUUUUUAUUUUUUUUUUAACAAUGUGGUUUUAUCAAGAAUGUUA